AUGAACCUGGAAACCCACUGGGCUCUUAACCCCGUAAGAAAUGCCUCAUCCUCCAUGACUAGCAAUCCAAAGCAACCUGAACAUGGCUAUGCUAAAUUUUUUCAUCUUCACAGGGAAAAUAUUCGUGCUCACCUAAAUGGCAGCCAGGACUCUGAGGAACCAUUGUUGCCAUCUUUCUUUCCACCUGCGUCAUUUUGGACUGCGUCGGAAAAAGAUCUUUUCUUCCAUGGGCUUUCUGUCUUCUCUCGUCUCCGUCCCGAUCUGAUUGCGGAACAUAUCAAGACCAAGAACACCUUAGAUGUCUGCGUUUACUUGGAUGCUCUUCAUACAGCUUCUUUGCAACACAGUCCUGAAAUACCUACUAGAAUGUCGUUAGACCCCGCUAUGGAGGUUUCUGAACGGUGGAUCGAACAUGAAGAAAUUAUGGCACAGGAGUUGGCUACCUCUGAUCGAUGUUCCUGGAGCUUUGGCGCAAAAGGCGUCGAUAAUAAUCAGAAUCGAGCAAAAUGUUCGUGUCCAAAUGAACCUAUCCGCAAAAGUCUACCUGCCGGUUUUGAGUUGGAAGCAAAUGGUUAUCUUAACCAUCUGGACCCAACAUGCCUUACAGUGAUUGAAAGUGUCAUUCGUGAAGCAGAACCAGAACCAGAAAAUGAAGACCUUCAAAAAUUUCCCCCUCUUGAAUUUGCGACAGGGUCCACGCUGAUUGAUUCUGCCUCAAAAGACCCUGCAUCAGUUGCAUCAAGAGCAGGCGAACAACCCAGUGAUUCAGACGACCAUGACGAUGUACCAAUGGAAACUCAGUUGCCAAUGCUUUCUGAUGAUGUGGAAAAGGAACUUUAUCGUCAAACAUUGCUACGUCGCCGUCUCAGGAAACGGCUAUAUAUGCGGCGUAAACGAGCUGAACAAACUGGCAGAACAAUUAUCAUGGAAGAUGGAAAGUUGCGUCCGGGUCGGCCCAGGAAACGUGCAAAACUAUCCAAUGUUCGGCAAAAAGGGCAGAGUAAAGAUGGAUCCAUUGAAGGCCCUGACAGGGAACACGAUGACGACGAACCUUUACCCAUGCCCGAGGCGUUGAAAGAACCCACGCAAUUAUCUUCAGAGGAGGCUGACGCAGACGAAGAUUUAAUCAAUGAAAAGCAGGGUCUGGGCGGCGCUACAAAACCUUACCGGGUCAAAGAAUUCUUCCAAGAAAGCAACAUGGAUGGUCAGGCUUUCUCCAGAAUCGACUUAAACUUUUUUAAUCUGUCAACCUUGGGGAGAUUACUACGCCUCUUCGCCUCGCUCAACAAAUCUCCGAGGAAAUUGGACGACGUUUCUAUUUCAACACAAAGCAUACAACUCAUGGUCAAUAUCACAAAGGAAUUUGUGUCCGAACUUAUCCGUCAUGCUAUCAUCACCAAGGAACAAGAGAUUCGCAUGAAACGUUCACUGAGGGUUUGGAAAUAUGACCGUGAUGAGAUCAAUCAUGAAAACGUAGCGGAGUGUCUGGCCUCCAUUGGGUUGGCUAAUAUCAGCAAAGAGCAGUAUUUCACGAAACUAUUGAAGGAGACAAAGCUUCGCUCGAAAAACCGCUCAUACCCUGACGGAGAUCUUUCCGGAGAUGAACAACUAAAUAUUCCCUCAGACCCAGCACAGCCUGCAGGGUUUAUUCUUCCCCAAUCCUUGCAGUGGUGUUCAUUACCUCAUUAUCAACAGUUUUACCCCGAUGACGAUUUAUUGUCGGAAUCCAUCGACGAGGAACAAGUGAAAAAAGAACUGGCCGACGAAGACAUUCUUGACAAGGAAGAUAUGUUGCGAUCGAAAGACUUUGAAGUAUUGUUAUGGGAAAAGAAUAGGAUUGGUUCACACAUAUCAUAG